AAAACUUGUAUAAUCAUGAGAUUUACUGAGUUUCUUUUUUAUGAUUCUAUUUUUAGGAGGAAAAUCUCCCCAAGUGGAACACCUAUUGCAAAACAACCUAUUCUAGUACGUUCGCCAUCUCUCAGCAGUAUAGGACAACUGCAAAAUGAUAUAGGUUCUGGAAAUCACAUCAUUUAUGGAGCCUAUUCCCCUCCCUGUAAAAACAUGGGAAAUAUAGGAUCUUAUUUUCGACAAAGCCCUGGUGGUGUUGUCGUAGCACAACCCACUCCUGUACAUUUAGAUGAUGUUAACGUUUUCGACGUUGCUGUUCUCGAAGGAUCUGGUAAAUUACCAAUCAACCCAGGCAAUGAUGGCUGGGAAAUUCUGCAUCCUAACAAUAAUAAUAAUGGAAAAGUGAGUGAUGGCAUGCCUGAGGUAUACGAAAUGCAUAUGGAUGCUCCAGCUUCUUAUGGAAGGAAGGUUGUUACUUCCCCUUUGAAUUUAGUUGAUAAUGGUAACAUAUCAAUAGCAAAAAUAACACGAGAAAAGAUGUUGAAACGACAGCAGGAGAUCAUGAAAGAGGCCGAAGAGAGAAGACUAAACAAAGAAAGAGAGCAACAGCUUCUUGAGCAGAAAAUUCAGGAACAAGAGAUUCAACAAAAUUUAGAAAAGGAAAUAAUUACUGUGGAAGAUAUUCCCACACAAACUGACAUUCAAUCAUCUGAUCAAAAAGUUGUUGAAACUGUUGUUUGUAGCUGCAAUGAGAAUUCAAAACCCUUGCCAAAACCAGAGACACCCACAGAAACUAUUCAAGUGCCAAGCAAACCAUCUCCUGUUCUUCAACAAAGUAAAAGAAUGGAUUCUGCUCGAAAUAAAGGCUCUGCCAAGCCACUUUCACGCUCUUCCUCUCUCAAAACACCUAGUUCACUUAGAAGACAUACUCAAAGUCAAGUUGGUGCAAUGAAAAAUUCUCAAAAUCCGAAAUACAACUUAGCAGCAAGUUCAUUAGCCUUGUUUGAUGAAUCUGCUGAUGAAGAAUUGGCUUUUCCCAAUCCAAAUGAAGCAUUAAAAAAAGCUCUUAAGUCACUCUCUACAGAUACAUGGAUGGGAAAAAUUGAAGGUAUUCGAACUGUUCAGAGACUUGCCAAAUGUCAUCCUGAUAUCCUGCAAAUGCAAUUGCAUUCAGUUGUGUUAGCCCUACUUACAGAAGUAAAAAAUUUACGAUCAUCUGUUGCCAGGGCAGCUAUACUUGCUGUGGGAGACCUCUUUAUUUACUUAAAAAAGAAUGUUGAAGCAGAUUUAGAUCUAAUAACUAGUACUCUUCUAAGUAAAUGUGGAGAAACAGUAGGAUUCAUUAGAGAUGAUAUUGAAAAAGUGAUGAAUUACUUAAUAGAGACUAUUACUCCUUGCAAAGCUGCUCUUUCCAUAAUUGCUGGUGGUGCCAGUCAUCGCAAUGGAGCUGUACGCAAGGUGGCUGCCCAGUCCUUAUAUUCAGUUGUAGAAAAAAUGGGAGCUGCUAAAAUUCUAACUGGUUAUAAAGAUGUGACUGAACGUUUAUUGCCUACCACUGCACAAUUUUUGAUGGAUGGGAUGCCUCUUACCAGAUACUAUGGACGUAAAAUAUUCUACCUAUUAAUGCAACACCCAGUUUUUGACAAGCUUCUAAUGCGAUUUGUUCAGCCGAGCACGUUACGCAACGUUAACAGUAUUUUAGAUUCUUUGAGGAAAAAAGGUCCUGGCGAAUUGCCUAAAGAAGGCGUUUCUGCAAAAACUUUGAAAAGUGAAACAUAUCGAAGUCCACUUUUGAAUCGGACUAUGUAAAGAUUUCUUCUGUUCAUGUAAUCAAAAAAGAAAAAUUCAUUCAGAAAACGUUUCGUUUGUGAUAUUCAUUCAUAGAUUUGAACAGGGACAAUACCUAUUUGAAAUUCAUGAAUCCUUAGCCUUCUUCAGUGAAUAGAAACAUGAGAAAUAUCACAAAUCUGAUUGUUUAUUCAGACCUUGAAUACAGUUCAAAAUUACAGCAUAUCAUUAUCAUAUUGUAUUUUAUUCUGCCGUCCAGUUAUGUGGUGUCUUCAUAUUGUGUGUGAUGAUAAACAAUUGAACAAGAGCCCAUGAAAUGUGUUUUUAAAGCUUCAGAGAAAAACUUUUAUUUUUCGUUCAAACAUGAGUGUUGAAAAGUUUAAUAAAUAUUUUAUUGAAGGAUGUCCAUUUAGUUAAGAUUGACUAGAUUGUAGAACGUAAUUUCUUGUAUGUAUAAAUUGCAUAUCAAUUCAUUAGGACUUUUGAAGGUUUUAUAAGAACUGCCUUACUUUUCAAUGGAAUGCAAAAUGAGAGAUUUGUUUGGAAAUUGUUUAAGAUAUACCAUAUUAUUGAAUAUACCUAAAUGUGCUUUCCCACUAGUUCAUAAGCUUAUUGGAAGCACGCAAAUGUAGGUAGAAUAAAUUAUGUUAUAACUGAGUUGUCUAGAUGCAAAAUCUUCUGACAUUGCUCUCAGAAAGUAUGAACUCUGAUAUUUUCUUCUUUUUUUCAAAUCAAAAUGUCAAAAUCAAAUAUCAAUUUUAUAUUAAAAGCUUAAAUUGUAAUUUUUAAAACAAUAGUAUCAGAAGCAGGACAUUUCGGCCUCACAGUUUUGAUCCUGUUGCUCUUUCGGUUCCACUAAUUAUGACAUUAAAAAAGGAUAAUCUUUAAUAAUUCAUUAGAAAAUUGUGGGUAAUCCCUCAUAAAUAUUUUUAAUAAUUUUGGCACUCAACUUUACACCAAAUAAUUUUUAAACACUUUAUAGCCAUUUAAAAUUCUUGAUUUUAUGUCGCUGGAAAUGAUUGAUAAAUAAUUUAAUAUUCUGAAAAAUAUAUUUAAGGCCAUUAUGAAACACUUAAAAAAAGUAAGAAAUGAGAUGGAAUGUCAAUAUCAAAAUAGACAAAAGUAAUUAGUAACAGAACUGAAUUGGGAAAGGACCUAAUUAACAAUGAGACCGAAAUGUCAUGGACCAGUAAUCACAGUUUUUUCUGUUGCCUUGUUUAUUUUUCGUUGUUAAAUUAACUACAAUGAGCAGGUUUUGCAUUUGGACCACUUAAAUUAUUUCAAGUAAUGUAUCCUUGUUAGAAUUUAUGUUGAAAUUUUGAUGUUUUAUGUAUACAAUUAUGUUGGUAUAUGUUAUAUUUCAGUAGAGUAAGAUGAAUUAUGUGAUAUUACAUUUUAUUGAUGUUCAAGAAAGUAAUUCACUAUAUUGUACUAGUCAUUUAAAUAUGUUGAGAAUUUUUAGUUUAAAAAUUAUUUAUAUUUAUGUUACUUAUUUAGAAUUAUAUGAAAUUGAAAUUGUUAUCAAUUAAUGUAUUUUAUCAGUAAUAUUAAGGUUAAACUAUGCGUUAACUUAGAUGUUAAGUUGUUUUUACCUAAAUAAUGAUACAUGUAACACGAUCAAGUUUAGCCUUGGAAAUAGAACCAAUGUGAUAUUUAAAUGUUGAUAAAAUAAUUUAAAAUUAUUUCACUGGGAAAAUUGCACUAUCUAUUUAAAAGAACUAUUUUAAAUGAUAGUGAUUUCUUAUUUCGUGUUAAAAUGGAAAUUUGUGAAAAGUUCUUGUAUAUAGAUUCUAAAAUUAUUUAAAUCAUUCAUAUACCAUUGUCAUCUAUAUCCAUAAUCAUUUUGAAAUACUUUUAAUUAAUGUUUUCAUUAGCCAUUUAUAUAAAAAAAAUAUAGAGUUCUACUAUUAAAAUAAUUAAAAAUGCAGCAUUUUACAUUUUUAAGUUAUUCAUUUAAUUAAGCUCGUUUUGUCAAUACUAGUGUAGGUAACAAACUGCUUAUUAUUCUAAUUAAAAAAAAACUUAAAUCUUAUUUAACUAAUUUUUUGCCGUGUUAUGUUAAAAAAAAAUAUUUCAAUCAUGAUGACAAAUACUUGAUUCUAAUUGAAUUUUUUUUCCAGUCAAUAAUCAAAUACCAUAGAAAUCCCCUUUUAAUCUAACUUUUUUCCAGCUGUAUAACUCAGGAAAUUGCACACUUCACUCCUAUUAUUAGCUGAUUUGUUUAAAAUAAAACUUAUUUUAUUUUAAUUAAACUUAAAUUUAAUAAUGGAUGUAAAAAAGUUCAUCAAAUGAAACUGGUUUCUUCUAGAGUAUUUUCAAUUUAUUAUUCCUAAAAUUAUGAAAACUGUAAAAAUAUAUAUAAAACUAUCGAAACAUAUAUAUUUAACCUAUAGAAACAAACUUUAUAAAAAAAUAUAUAAAAAAUGUUUCUGCAGAGUUCUUAAAUUUUCAGAAACUAAAUAAAUAUACAUAAAUUUAAUACUUUUCUAUUACAGCUAAUGAAGUUCGCUUUAUUUUAAGAAACUAGGUCUACUUAAUCAUUAUCCGUCCAGAAGUUUAAUUAAAGUUUUGUUUUAAUGAAAUAAAUUAUAUUUUUAAAAACUAGGUUUACACAGCUAUUUAUUAUCCGUCCAAAUAUUUAAUUAAAACAGUUACAUUUAAUGAAAUUUGCUAUAUUUUAAAAAAACUAGAUUUACAAAAGUAUUUAUUAUCCGUCCAAAAGUUUAAUUAAAGCUGGUAUGUUUUAAUGAAAUUUGCUAUAUUUAAAAAAAAACUAGAUUUACACAAGUAUUUAUUAUCCGUCCAAAAGUUCAAUUAAAGCUGGUCUGUUGUGUGUGAGUAAUUGUAUGAAAUAAAGUUCAUCUCUAUUUUUAUCCAAUUACAGUAGAGCGCCGAUUAUCCAAACUGCUCUGGACUGAACAUGGUUCGGAUAAUUGAAAAGUUGUUUAAAAUCUUGUGUAAAUGAUUAUUAUUUAUGCAUUAACUUCCCUUCACACCUUUUGUAGGCUUUUUUUUCAUUUUGAAUUAUUUUUAUCAUAUUUCAGUUCAAAGAAGACGCGUUUUUUAGCAGCCAUUUAUCCCUUAUUCUUCAUAAAUAAAUCAACUGAACUGGAUCAACAUUAUUUUGACGUUCUAGCCAAUUCAUUGCGAAAUCUAAUGGAUUGCAUGCUUCUAUAUGGGUCCACUAUUUUGAACUUGAUCACCUACUUCUUUCACUUCGUCUGUAGAGUUCCGAUUUUCAUUCAAAAUUUCAGCAAUAAUUUCAUCAGAAAGAUCUACUGGUUCAGAAACUUCAGUUUCGUUUGUUUUUCUGUUAAGAAUUUUAUUCCAAGAUUUAAGAUUCCAAGCACUGUAAUCACUAAUUAUUAACCAUAAGUUACAACUACCCAUUCCCCAAUUAUAGAACUUCAGAACUUAUCAAUUCAUAAACUCCUUCUGCAUUCCAACCAUUGUAGACUAUCAAAAUGAAGCUUGCAUUCUUGGAAGAUAAUUUUCUGUUGUAAAGGGCUAAAGGGGUAUGUAGGUUUAACUGUAUCACAAUACAUGCAUGUAUGGCAACUAUAAGAAAACUGCUAAAAAGGUUGUAAAUUAAAUAUGGUCUUCAGAUGUAGGGGGUAUUAUUUAUUCUUCUCAAUUUCGAAAAAUUGUCGAUAGGUUAAAAAGUAUUCUGAACUUUAAAAAAAAAAAAAACGAAUUCAGACGCAGUUCGGAUAAUUGGACGUUCG